UUCACCAAUAAUUUGAGGAUGACAAAUUUUGCUCAUCCUGUUUUCUUGUUGAUCUUUUCGUUUUUGCUAUUUGCCAAUGCCUUAACAGAUACAAUCUUACAAGGGCAGUCACUCACAACCUCAACCAGUAUCACAUCCUCUGGCAAUAAAUUUGAGUUGGGAUUCUUUACUCCUGGGCAAGAGAACUCCACAAAAAACAGUUAUUUGGGUGUUUGGUACAAAAGAGUGCUGAAAAAAACUGUUGUUUGGGUAGCCAACAGGGAUAACCCCUUCACAGAUUCCACCGCGGUUCUUACAAUAGCCGCAGAUGGAAACCUGGUGAUAGGGGUGGGAAGAGUUUCUUACAUGCUGUCUAACAUAUCAUCAAGUGGAAACACUAGUGCUACCCUUUUGGAAUCAGGAAAUCUGGUUUUGAACGACAGGAGAUCUGGUGAUAUACUAUGGCAGAGCUUUGACUACCCUACCGAUACUCUCUUGCCCGGAAUGAAGGUUGGUUGUGACAAGAGAAAUGGAAAAACUUGGUCUCUGUUGGCCUGGAAAAGCAAGGAAGACCCAGGCCCUGGAGUUUUCUCUUUCGAACUUGAUCCUCAAGGGACAAGCCAGUUUUUCAUCCUAAAAGAGUUUCAAACGGCCAAGCAAAAAAAGGGGUUUCAAAAGUAUUGGACUACUGGAACGUGGAACGGACAGGUUUUCACUCUGGUUCCCGAAAUGGCCAUGAACUAUUUUUACAGCAGCAUCUAUGUUUCAAAUGAAAAUGAGAGUUAUUACACUUGCUCUAUGAAAAAUCCUUUGGUGACUUUUAGAUUGGUGAUGGAUAUGUCAGGGCAACUUCAGGUGCUUACAACAAGGGAUGAAGGUGAAUGGGACAUGCUUUGGGCUCAACCGUGGGCGCAGUGUGACGUUUACGCAUACUGUGGAGCUUUUGGUACCUGCAAUCAAAGAGCUACUCUGUUUUGCCAGUGUUUUCCCGGUUUUCAACCCAAUUCUGUAGGAAGUUGGAAGGCUGGCAACAUGUCUGGAGGGUGCGUGAGGAAAGCGCCUUUGCAGUGUGGCAAUGAUAUUGUAGCUAAUGGACAAAAAGACCAGUUCCAGAGGAUAUCUAAAGUAACACUGCCAGACAAUUCAAUAGUACUCUCGCAAGUUAGAAGUGCUGGGGACUGUCAGUCGGCAUGCUUUAGUAACUGCUCAUGCUCCGCUUAUGCUUAUGACAGCAGUAACGGGUGUUCCAUAUGGCGCGAGGAGCUCUUAAAUGUGAAACAACUGAAAGAUGAUGACGCUAAUGGAAGAGAUUUCUUUUUAAAACUUGCUGCUUCUGAGUUUCUUAGUGAGGCCAAGGAUUCAAGAAUCAAGAGGUGGAAAUGGAUUAUUGUAGCCCUUGCACUUUCCAUGGCGCUGCUGGCUGCAGUUAGCUUCUUUUAUUGCUUGUGGAGGCGAAAGUCGCAAAACAAAGGGGAGGAUUUGGUGUUAUUUGAUCUUGGCACAGGCAUUGGAGCUGCCAAUUGUAAACUGAAUGAAGCUGGCAAGAGUCAUACCGGUAAAAAGAAGGAAGAUGAUUUGCCGUUGUUUAGCUUCACUAGUGUAUCUGCUGCCACUGAUAACUUCUCUGAUGCAAAUAAGCUCGGACAGGGUGGUUUUGGACCUGUUUACAAGGGGAAGCUACAGAAGGGGCAUGAGGUGGCCGUGAAAAGGCUUUCAAGAAAGUCUGGACAAGGAUUGGAGGAACUACAAAACGAGGCAAUGCUCACAGCAAAACUUCAACACCAAAACCUUGUCAGAAUAUUGGGCUGCUGCAUUGAGAAAGAUGAAAAGAUUUUGAUCUAUGAAUACAUGCCCAAUAAAAGCUUGGAUUUCUUCCUUUUCGAUCCAAUCAAAUAUGGGAUACUUAACUGGGAGGUACGUGUUAACAUCAUCGAGGGAAUUGCUCAAGGGCUUCUCUAUCUUCAUCUAUAUUCCAGGUUACGAAUUAUCCACAGAGAUUUGAAAGCUAGCAAUAUUCUAUUGGAUAGAGAUAUGAACCCCAAAAUAUCUGAUUUUGGGAUGGCAAGGAUUUUUGGGGGAAAUCGUUCACAAGCAACAGAUCGUAUUGUUGGCACUUACGGCUACAUGUCACCGGAAUACGCCUCGGACGGUCUCUUCUCAAUCAAAUCCGAUGUCUUUAGCUUUGGAGUCUUGUUGCUAGAGAUUUUGAGUGGCAAAAAAAAUACAGGCUUUUAUAAUAGAGACUCCCUUAAUCUUCUUGGAUAUGCAUGGGACUUGUGGAAGAGUGGUAGGGGAGAGGGCAUAAAGGAUCCAGUAUUACAAGACAUAUCUUCUACAAAUAUGCUGCUGAGAUAUGUAAAUAUAGCUCUGCUUUGCGUCCAAGAAAGUGCUGCCGAUAGGCCUACCAUGACGGAUAUCGUUUCGAUGCUUAGCAAUGAACUCGUGCUUCUAGCCUCUCCUAAACAACCUGCUUUUUCAGCUAGUAGAAGUGUGCCAGAUCAAAACUCAAGCAAACGAUUGGAGAUUUAUUCAAUAAACGAUGUGACAGUCUCGAUUUUGGAAUCAUAUUUUGAGGGGGAGGAAUGGAGCAUUAUUGUGGGCCCUUUGACUGCCCUUAUACGGCUGAAGACUAAUAAAGGGCUCCAGUUGAAAGGUCGGCUGAAGACUAAUAAAGGGCCCCAGAUGAAUGAAAUCGGGGUUACAGGAGGGUCUCCCGAGGCAACCGUGUAUGUCCCGGGUUCGUUGUAUCUGGAAGCACCACAAUCAAUAGACAAAUCAAUUCCAGAAUUCAAUGUGCAGAAUUCAUUGUGGGAGUUAUCAGCAAGGAUUCAUGAUCCUGCCACCCAAACUCACCGCACCCCAAAUUUGGGAAUAGAGGAUCUUGAGGGGCCCACAUUGCUCCCUUUUAUCGAGUUGCAUCACCGACAAAGCACCCACCAACUGAGCCAGAAAUUCUCUGUCACCACCUUUCGUCGCAUGUGUGAUCAUUCUCAUGUGGGGUCAUGUUGGAUUCCUUCUGCAAGCCACCAUCCGUCUUCAUCUCUGUUCUCAUCUUGUCAAGUUUAUGACUUUCCCCAAUAUACUAUAUGGGUCUUGUUUCUUGAAUCUGAGUCUCAAAUUCUAGUUGCUAACACCAAUAAUUCAAGGAUGACAAUGAAAAAUCUCGCUCAUCCUAUUUUCUUUUUGAUCUUUUCAUUUCCGCUAUUAGCCAAUGCCUUGACAGAUACAAUCUUACAAGGAGAGAUGGUCACAGCCUCAACUACCAUCACAUCUUCGCGCAAUGAAUUUGAGUUGGGAUUCUUCAGUCCUGGGAAUGAGAACUCCAGAAGAAGCAGUUAUCUGGGUAUUUGGUACAAAAGAGUUUCGAAAAGAACCGUUGUUUGGGUAGCCAACAGGGAUUACCCUCUCGCAGAUUCCUCUGCGGUUCUCACCAUAGCCGCGGAUGGAAACUUGGUGAUACGGGAGGGAAGUUUUUCUGACAUGCUGUCUAACAUAUCAUCAAGUGGAAACACUAGUGCCACCCUUUUGGAUACAGGAAAUCUGGUUUUGAUCGACAGGAGAUCUGGUGAUAUACUAUGGCAGAGCUUUGACUACCCUACAGAUACUCUCUUGCCUGGAAUGAAGGUUGGUUAUGAUAAGAGAAAUGGGAAAACUUGGUCUAUGUUGGCCUGGAAAAGCAAGGAAGACCCAGCCCCUGGAGUUUUCUCUUUCGAACUUGAUCCUGAAGGGACCAGCCAGUUUUUCAUCCUAAAAGAGUUUCAGAAGUCCGAGCAAAGAAAAGGAUUUCAGAAGUAUUGGACUAGUGGGACGUGGAACGGACAAAUUUUCACUCAGAUUCCUGAAAUGGCCGUGAACUAUAUCGGCUACGCCACUUACAUAUCCAAUGACAAUGAGAGUUAUUUCAAUUACUCUCUGAAAAUUCCUUCAGCAACUAUUAGAUUGAUGUUGGAUAUAUCAGGGCAACUUCAGGUGCUUUCAUGGGAUGAAACGAUAGGUGAGUGGAACAAGAUUUGGGCUCAACCGAGGGAGCUGGGUGACGUUAAUGAACGGAAAGACCAGUUCCUUCGGAUAUCUAACGUAAGUUUGCCUGCCAAUUCCAUUGUACUCUCGCAAGCUAGAAGUGUUGGAGACUGUGAAUCGGCUUGCUUUAGUAACUGCUCAUGCUCUGCUUAUACUUAUGACGGCAGUCAUGGGUGUUCCAUAUGGGGCAUCGAGCUCUUGAAUGUACAGCUGAUACACGAUGACCCUGAAGGAAGAGAUUUCUAUCUAAGGCUUGCUGCUUCUGAGUUUCUUAGCGAGUGCAAGGAUUCAAGAACCAAGAGGUGGAAAUGGAUUAUUCUAGCCCUUGCAGUUCCCAUGGCGCUACUGGCUACCAUUAGCUUCUUUUAUUGCUUGUGGAGGAGAAAGUCGCAAAACAAAGGGGAGGAUUCAGGGGAGGAUUUGAUGUUAUUUGAUAUCGGCACAAGCACUGGAGCUGCCGAUUGUAAAUGCAGGAGUCGUACCGGUAAAAAGAAGGAAGUUGAUUUGCCAUUGUUCAGUUUUGCCAGUGUGUCUGCUGCCACUGAUGACUUCUCUGAUGCAAAUAAGCUCGGAGAGGGUGGUUUUGGACCUGUUUACAAGGGGAAGCUGGUAACGGGAUAUGAGGUGGCUGUGAAAAGGCUUUCAAGAAAGUCCGGACAAGGACUGGAAGAAUUACAAAACGAGGCAAUGCUCAUAGCAAAACUCCAACACAACAAUCUUGUGAGACUCUUGGGCUGCUGCAUUGAGAAAGAUGAAAAGAUUUUGAUCUAUGAAAACAUGCCCAAUAAAAGCUUGGAUUUCUUCCUUUUUGAUCCAAUAAAACACGGGAUACUUAGCUGGGAAUUACGUGUUAAAAUUGUCGAAGGAAUUGCUCAAGGGCUUCUCUAUCUUCAUCAGUAUUCCAGGUUACGAAUUAUCCACAGAGAUUUGAAAGCUAGCAAUAUUCUCUUAGAUGAAGAUAUGAACCCCAAAAUAUCUGAUUUUGGGAUGGCAAGAAUUUUUGAGGGAAAUGGAUCACAUGCAACAAAUCGAAUUGUUGGUACUUACGGCUACAUGUCACCAGAAUAUGCCUCGGAAGGUCUAUUCUCAAUCAAAUCGGAUGUCUUUAGCUUUGGAGUUUUGUUGCUAGAGAUUUUGAGUGGCAAAAGAAGUACAGGCUUUUACAAUAGUGACUCCCUUAAUGUUCUUGGAUAUGCAUGGGACUUAUGGAAGAGCGGUAAGGGAGAGGGCAUAAAGGAUCCAAUAUUACCAGAAAUACCUUCUGCAAAUAUGCUGCUGAGAUAUGUCAAUAUAGCACUGCUUUGCGUCCAAGAAAGUGCUGCCGAUAGGCCUACCAUGUUGAAUGUCGUAUCGAUGCUUAACAAUGAACAAGUGCUUCUACCCUCUCCUAAACAACCUGCUUUUUCAGCUACUAGAAGUGCGCCAUAUCGAUAUUCAACCAAUCAAUUACAAAUUUGUUCAAUGAACGAUGUGACAAUCUCAAUUUUGGAAGCUCGAUAACUUAUUGGAAUUAAUUUAGAAUCAGUAAUUGUGUUAGUUACUUUGUUAACACAGAUUCAGGUUAAGUAUGUUCGAUGUUUGUUUGAGAUACAUGCACUAUGUAUCUUGGUGUGUUUGUGGAGGUUCAUGUAUGUAGUUAAUUAGUAGGAGUCUAAAAAAAAUCAAGACCACUGUAUAAAGAUUCAUUGGUCAUUUGUAUGAUAUAACAGAGAUAACCCGACAGUACUUAAGCA